AUCCCAUUUCCAUCCAUUUCAUGCAAAACUUGCCGGGCUCUCUAAGUAGUCUUGAAUUUGCAUUCAUUUGGGAAGAAGAGAAAAAGAUGAGAUUUUUGAAGUAUGCAGGUUUAAAUUUUGGGUCUAUAAAUAGGUUUAACAUUAAUGAACUCAGUGUGCCUUCUUCUCAAAUAAAAAACUUUCCUUGUUAGCAUAUACAUUUGAACUCUCAAAAGUAUGGCUUCAAGAAUCUCUUUCAGGCUUCUUUCUUCUGCAUUCUUAAUGCUGGCUGCAAUGUUGGCUUUUCAGGCAAUGUCUCGGGACUUGAGUGAAGUCUCGAUGAUGCAAAAACACGAGCAAUGGAUGGUUCAAUAUGGACGUGUUUACAAGGAUGAUGCAGAGAAGGCGAGCCGUUACAACAUUUUCAAGAAAAAUGUAGAGUACAUCGAGUCUUUCAACAAGGCCGGGACUAAGUCUUACAAGUUGGGAAUCAACAAGUUUGCUGACUUGACGAAUGAGGAGUUCACGUCUGCGCGCAACAAGUACAAACCACGAGAAUGCAAGGGCACAUUGUUUAGGUAUGAAAAUUUGAGUGCUGUUCCUGCUUCAAUGGAUUGGAGAAAGAAAGGAGCUGUUACACCAAUUAAGGAUCAAGGCCAAUGUGGUUGUUGCUGGGCAUUUUCAGCAGUCGCGGCAAUGGAAGGAGCCCACCAACUCAAAACUGGCAAGCUCGUCUCAUUGUCUGAACAAGAGCUUGUUGAUUGUGACACAAGCGGUGAAGAUCAAGGAUGUGAUGGAGGUCUAAUGGAUGAUGCUUUCACCUUCAUUAUUAACAACAAAGGGCUUACGACUGAAGCGAAUUAUCCCUACCAAGGUACUGAUGGCACUUGCAAUGCCAACAAGGAAGCCAACCAUGCUGCCACCAUUACGGGAUUUGAAGAUGUCCCAGCCAAUAACGAGGCUGCACUCUUGAAGGCCGUGGCUAAUCAACCAGUUUCAGUUGCCAUUGAUGCCAGUGGUUCCGACUUCCAAUUCUACUCCAGCGGUGUUUUCACAGGUGAAUGUGGGACAGACUUAGACCAUGGCGUUACAGCAGUAGGUUAUGGAACUAGUUCUGAUGGCACCAAAUAUUGGUUAGUUAAGAAUUCUUGGGGAACCAGUUGGGGCGAUAAUGGAUACAUCAUGAUGCAGAGAGGCAUUGACGCUAAAGAAGGCAUUUGUGGCAUUGCCAUGCAAGCUUCAUAUCCUACUGCUUAGGAUCUCGCAUGGUUUGGGGAUUGAUGCAAUUCCUCAUAGAGAACCGCAUGUAUUGUUUAUACUUCUUCUCUUGUUUGUGGUUGUGUAAGGUUAUCUACUGGUUUACAUGUACAUUCUCAGCAUUAGCUGUGGAUAUAAUCCUCUCUGUGCAUGAACUUUGUAAUUAUUAAAUGCAUUGGUAUUACUACAAUGUAUAUUGAUCUUC